AUAUUUUGGUGCGCGACGCCGUCGACGCGUUUUCUCCCGGCCGCGGACUCUGCGCGACUGUGAGGAAUUUACAGCAACAACAAAAACAGCAAAAGCUAAAGCGACAGCAACAAAAACAAUGAAUAUGGCCCAGUCUAAAUGACGUCACAAGCGUAACAGAGUGCAACAGACAACAAUGACCGAUGAGCAUAAAAGUAACAUUAACAGUAACAGUACGAGCAACAGUAACAACAACACCAAUAAUACAACCAGCAACAGUAACAACAACAACAACGGUAACAACACCAACAGUAAUAACAGCAACAACAGCAACGGCAACGGCAACAACGAAAGCAACAACAAUAGCACCAUAAUUGCAGAGGCGGCAGCCAAAUUUUUGCUUAAAAAUGGUCUAAACGGCAGCUUUCCAGCGCCACAGCCACCGCCACCGUCACUGCCCCUACCCGCCAACACCAACGCCAACGCCAACCUGAGCACAACAACGCCGCCCCCAUCCUCCUCCUCCAGCACCCUAGCACCCUCCAAUGGCUUUUUGCCGCAUGCUAGCACACAGCCGUCGGGAAAGCCAGCAGAAAGAAAAAAUAGCGCCAGUUCCAGCCGAAGUAGCCCCUCAGCCAUGGCGGCCUCCGCUGCGAUGGCAGCCGCGUCCAGUGUCGGAGCUCUUGUCGGUGCUCCCGGCCCCAAGCCCAGUACCGUUGAUGUGCUGGGCGGUGUUCUUGAUUACAGUUCCUUGGGUGCAGCGGCUGCUGUGGCCGCAGUCGCAUCAUCUCUACCACCCACUGCCGGGGGCACAGUGAAGAUCGGCAAGGGCAGCAGCAGCGGGAUCAGUUCCAGCUCCAGCUCCGGCUCCGGCAGCAGCGGAUUUGAUAUGGGCAGGCAUCCAAUAUCGACGCACAGCAGCAGCAGCAGCAACAACAGCUCGACGGGCUACGGCGGCCGUUUGCAGUUCUUUAAAGAUGGCAAGUUUAUAUUGGAACUGGCACGCUCCAAGGACGGCGAUAAAAGCGGUUGGGUUUCGGUAACGCGCAAAACCUUUCGCCCACCCUCCGCCGCCACCUCGGCGACUGUGACGCCGACAUCGGCCGUGGCCACAGCCUAUCCAAAGAACGAGAAUUCCACAUCGCUGAGCUUUUCGGAUGACAACAGCUCGAUACAGUCCUCGCCGUGGCAGAGAGACCAGCCUUGGAAGCAGUCCCGUCCCCGUCGAGGCAUCUCCAAGGAACUAUCGCUGUACUACCGCCGCCCCAGGCACAGUGUGCUCGGCAAGGCCGCGCUCCAAACCGCUAUUCGCAAGCGCCGACGACCCCAUGAGCCACUUGCCGGCAGCGAAGAACCUAUCUUCGAGUCAGUGGCCAAGACGGACAGUGGCGACGAAACGCUUAAGGCAGACGCCACCGAGGCUGUUGAAGGUGGUGGUGGAGCAUCUGCGGCGGACGCGUCUGCAAAUGAGAUUAAAACUGAGGAAUCAGAAUCGAUCAAAGCCGAGGAGGAAGAUGGCACAUUGCCGGUAAAGGACGUCCAACCGGAGGUCAAGGAGAAGGCCGAGUCAGAAGCAGUUUCUCCCAAAGCAGAGCCGGAGGCAAAGGAUGAGACUGUCGAGAAGAUGAACACGAGCGAGGACGACGAAGUCACGGCUGGAGCAAAGCCCGCUAACGGCGACCUCAACGGUGAUUUGAAGCCGAAGCUUGGCAGAAAAAACAUGGCGCCAAAGCCGAAGGCGCGGGCCAAGCUGAGUAGCAUUAUCCAGAAACUGAUCGACGGCGUCCCAGCACGCCUGGAGCAAAUGUCCAAGACACCCAUGACGACAGCCGGUGCGACGGGAACGGCAGCCGCGGAGCGAAGCGGAGGUGGUGGGGCCGGGGCAAGCUUGAACCACUCUUUGUUGCACAAGGUUUCGCCGCCCUCGUCUGCAGCAGCAGCCAGUCGCCUGGUGGAGUACCAUCACCAGCAUGUGUCGCCCCGAAAACGCAUCCUGCGCGAGUUCGAGAAGGUUUCGCUGGAGGACAAUGGAUGCGCGAACAAUGGCAGCGGUGGCAGUGGCGGGAGCGGCGGAGCAGGUGGCAAGCGAAGUCGCGCCAAGGCAUCGACAUCGUCUCCCGCUGGCAAGUCGGCGCCAAUUAACUUGGCCCCGCCCCAGGGAAAACCCAGCCCCAGUACCAGCUCCUCCAACACCUCGCCAGCUGCACCGGCGUCGGCAGCGCCACCAACUCGACUGAACAGCUCUUACAGCAUCCACUCGUUGCUGGGAGGGAGUAGUGGUAGUGGCGGCUCGUCCUCAUCCUCCGCCUCGACGAGCGCCUCGAAAAAGAACAACGACCAUCCGGCGGCCAUUAUCAGCAAUGUGCAUCAGCCGCAUCACUCCCUGUACCAGGCUAGCUCCUCGAGCUAUCCCCCCAAGUCACCGGACAUGAGCGGCAGCAACGGAGGCGGAAAAUCACCCUCUCAUGCCGGAGCAAAGAAACGUUCGCCACCGUACUCGGCAGGAUCACCGCUGCCCGUGGAUUAUGGCCACGCGUUCUACAGAGAUCCCUAUGCCGGAGCAGGUGUGGGUCGGGCGGCAUCGCAGGACCUGUCGCCGCCACGUUCCUCGUCAGCCUCGCCCGCCACCACGCCGCGCACCGUGCCCAAGAAGACUGCCUCCAUCCGGCGCGAAUUCGCCUCUCCCUCGGCUAGCAGCAGCAGCUGCCCGUCACCGGGUGACCGGAGCGCCUCGCCGCCAGAUAGACGACUCAUGCAACAGCAGCAGCAGCAGAUGCACUACUACAUGUACCCGCCCCCGCCGCAGGUGAAUGGAAAUAGUUCUGGUGCGACUCCCAGCACAGCACCGGCUGGCAGUGCCGGUGCCCUGCACGCUGCUGCGGCUGCAGCAGGCUACAUUCCUUCGGUGGCACCCCCAUCCAUGUACCAUCCGUUCAUAUCAACUCUGGCAGCACUGAGGCACACUCCACUGUGGAUGCACCACUACCAGGCGGGAGGAGCGCCACUAAUGCCACCACAUCCGCCGGCCUUUGCCUACAAUGGAGUGGGCGCCGCUGCAAUGGCAGCUGCGGCAGCCGCUGCUUUCGGCCAGCCCGCUUCCAGUCCACACACGCAUCCCCAUCUGGCCCAUCCCCACCAGCAUCCGCAUCCGCAUACGCACCCGGCCGCAUUAACCGCCCUCCCCCAUACAGUUACCCCCGCUCAUCUGGCCACGCCAAAACUGACUGAUAGUAGUAGCGAGCAAAUGUCUGCAGCGUCCAGUCAUCGCACCGCCUCCACUUCGCCGACCAGCUCGAGUGCAUCCGCCUCCUCAGCGGCGGCCGCCGCCGGCGCCAGCUCCUCAGCAAUGUUUCAUAAUAGUAGCCUAAGGAAUGAACAAAGUUCAGACUUACCACUGAAUCUGUCAAAGCACUGAGACACACACGCCCCAGCUGCCCCAGUUUCUGGGCCACCAUCGAGUUAAGUACAUUACCGCACUAGUAGCGCUUAAGACGACAUUCAAGUACACGUAAUAUUAUUUAAUAAGUUUCGCUGCUAGUUUAGUUCUAAUGUAAUUGUUUUAGCCUAAGCCUAAUCGUAGGUACUUGCUUAAGGCCGGAUUUUGAAAAAGUAACCAGAAAAAUACCAGAAUUACGAAGAAAACUGAUCAACUCAAGCAACCAUGUUCUAAUCCUGUUCCGAACGAACCUUUUUACACAAUCAGUUGAGUAAUGGAAUUUUCGACAAAAAACAUAUUUAAUAUGCAAAGGAAUUUUAUUCUAUGACUUGUACUUGUCUUGAAGAAUCUCAAACGAAAUAAAAUAAAGAGAGAGUUA